AUGGUGCUCAGUCAGAAAAUGCAGGUGUGCCCACUCUGGUUCUGGGACGAGUUUCUGCCCCAUGUUAAGGAGUUUAAGUUGAACUCUGUUGACGUCAAGUACCAGAUCUGGAAGCUGGGGGUUGUGUUCACAGACAAUUCCUUCCUGUAUCUGGCCUGGUAUAUGACCAUGUCCAUUCUGGGUCACUAUAACAACUUCUUCUUUGCUGCCCAUCUACUGGACAUUGCCAUGGGUUUUAAGACACUGCGUACCAUUCUCUCCUCAGUCACACACAAUGGCAAACAGCUAGUGUUAACUGUUGGCCUAUUAGCAGUGGUGGUGUACCUCUACACAGUAGUGGCCUUCAACUUUUUCAGGAAGUUCUACAACAAGAGUGAAGAUGGAGAACUGCCAGAUAUGAAGUGUGAUGACAUGCUGACAUGUUACAUGUUCCACAUGUAUGUGGGAGUGCGAGCAGGUGGAGGAAUUGGUGACCAGAUUGAGGAUCCAGCUGGUGAUGAGUACGAGAUCUACCGGAUCAUCUUCGACAUCACGUUCUUCUUCUUUGUCAUUGUAAUCCUCCUGGCUAUCAUCCAGGGGUUAAUCAUUGAUGCCUUUGGAGAGCUGAGGGAUCAGCAGGAACAAGUGAAAGAAGACAUGGAGACCAAAUGUUUUAUCUGUGGAAUAGGUAAUGACUACUUUGACACCGUGCCACACGGCUUUGAAACGCACACUCUACAGGAGCACAACUUAGCCAACUACCUAUUCUUUCUGAUGUAUCUCAUCAACAAAGAUGAAACAGAGCACACAGGCCAGGAGUCUUACGUAUGGAAAAUGUACCAGGAACGUUGUUGGGAGUUUUUCCCCGCUGGUGACUGUUUCCGGAAACAGUAUGAGGAUCAGCUCAACUGAGUCAACCUUGGAGUGACAGACUCUUAACUCUGAAAGGCCGACUGCAGCCAUCUGGCCUCUGCUUGUCCCUCAAACGUUUAUUACUUUUCUGAGGAGGCUGUACCAAAUGAUGGGUUCCUCUCUAUGCGUCAUCUCUCCUCAAGUGGCAGGCUCUUCAACGGGACACACCCUGCCAUUGUCAUCCAGACAGUCAGCUCCACCCCCCGACCUUUAGCACACUCUGCUUUUGAGACCUUGUACAUAGAAAACUUCAGAAAAUAUGAUGUACAAUACAUGACAGGUAGCAGGUCUAGAAUUUUUUCACUCUGAUGACUUCCUUGCUUCCUCUUAUUCUAUAUUCAAAGUAACUUGCAAAAAAUACAAAGGAUUAAUGGAUUGAGGGUAAAAGAAGAAACCUAAAGAAUGUUUUACUUUUAAUAUGACCAUGUCUACGCCCUUUCAUGUUUAUAAUGCACGAUUCAUAUAGGUACAGGUGGUGGAUACAAUAAUCAAACAAGUUGACGACUUAUUCUUGCAAGAAGAACUCUGCAGCAAAUCUACACUUCAAUAAGCUUAAAGUCGUGCUGACCUGAAUACGAUGGACAAUGAAAAUCGAACACAGCACCAAAGUGGAGACUUCAGAACAAUCAGAAAGCUGAAUGAAGCCCCUGUGCAAAGAGGAACAUUUUCACAAACAGAGCUGCUGUGUUGAGUUGAAUUACAGUUUGGUCCAAGAGUUUGAACAAUGACACAUGUUCUUCUCACUUUACUUACUUAUACCACCAUCACAGUGGAUCUCAAGUCAAACAAUGUAGAUCACUAAAUACUUGAUUUGCCUUCAGCUACUGCUUGUUUGUGUUCUUCUGCCUUCACUUUUUUGUUCGGUAAAUGAAAAUGCUCCUUCGGGUUGAGAUCAAGUGAGAGACUUGGUCAUUGAAGAAUAUCACAUUUCUUUGGCUUUAGAAAACCUUGAGGAUAAACAUAUUUUCAAAAGCUAGCCACGUAGUAAACACCCUUU